CUGUACUCACACUUCAUCAGCCUGAGCUGCUCUCAACAACCGAGGCCACCCGUGCAUGGAUUUCUCCUGGAUUUCCCUUCUCUAACAUGGACGCCCGGUUGGAAGGUUGCUCCUUUGCGCAGUGAGACGGACAUGCGGAGCAUCGCUGAUACGGAGUGUCCUCUUCUGUCUCAGUGACCAUGCCGUGAUCACAUCGCUGACAAAAACACCUCCAAAGCAGAAAUAAGUGGGAAUCUAACGAUCCAUCCAGGGGAAUGACAUGCAGUGUAUCGCAGGCAUCAUGAAGAUGUGCUCUCCUCUGGUAACUCAUCAGAGAUGGCUUGGGCUGUUGCUGCUGUUACUGUGUGUGGGAUAUUCUCACGGGAUGCCACAUGUGUUAAGAUUCGGGGGGAUAUUUGAAUCCAUGGAAAAUGGCCCAUCUGGUGCUGAAGAACUUGCCUUUAAGUUUGCUUUAAAUACAAUCAACAGGAACAGAACUUUACUGCCAAACACCACACUCACAUACGACAUCCAAAGGAUAAACAUCCACGACAGCUUUGAGGCCUCCAGAAAAGCUUGUGACCAGCUCUCUCUGGGUGUGGCGGCCAUCUUCGGUCCCUCCCACAGUUCUUCGGCCAACGCGGUGCAGUCCAUCUGUAACGCUCUGGGGGUGCCGCACAUCCAGACCAAGUGGAAGCACCAAGUGUCAGACAACCGCGACUCCUUCUACGUCAGCCUUUACCCAGACUUCUCCUCCCUCAGCAGAGCCAUCUUAGACUUGGUUCACUUCUUCAAGUGGAAAACGGUCACUGUGGUUUACGAUGACAGCACAGAGUUUCAUGUGAUCUUUGACUGUGGUCAUGAAAUGGCUGCUGGCAUCCUUAAACAGGCUCUUGCCAUGGGAAUGAUGACGGAGUAUUACCACUACAUUUUUACUACCCUGGAUCUCUUCGCGUUGGAUGUGGAGCCCUAUCGCUACAGCGGGGUCAACAUGACCGGAUUCCGGAUCCUAAACACAGAGAACAGCCAGGUGUCCUCCAUCAUUGAAAAGUGGUCCAUGGAGCGUCUGCAGGCGCCUCCUAAACCAGACUCUGGCCUGCUGGAUGGUUUCAUGACAUUCUUCCUCAACAGUGGCUCUCCUAUCUGGGAAAAGGGCCAACAUAUGAACUCACUAGAGGCUGGGUGA